AUGGCGAGCUCUACAUCUUUAGCGAUAGUUCUUCACCAGUCUUCCAAUAAUGACGAACUCUUCAUGAAGCAAACUCUUCAAUUCUCAGAAACUCUCAAGGAUUUGAAGAAUUUGCGGAAACAGUUGUAUUCAGCUGCUGAGUAUUUCGAAACAUCUUACGGCAAAGAGGAACACAAAGAAACAGUCAUAGAGACGUUGAAAGAGUAUGCAGCAAAGGCAGUAGUGAACACAGUGGAUCAUCUCGGUUCUGUUUCCGACAAAUUCAACUCUUUUCUCUCUGAUAAUUCGACCCAUUUCUCCACCACUCAUCUUCGUUUAUCUUCUCUUGAACAAGUAAAACACUCAAUCUCGAAUCUUGAAUCCUGA